GGAAGGGCAGCUGUUUGGGUUUUAUGUCACUGAGCACUCAUCCACGCUGUGGGUGCUGUAGUUUCAGCGCGGGCAGUGAUGGGGGGGAAACAGCCCGAGUCAAUUCAGUGGGGAAGAUGAAGGCGGAGGAAUUACUUUUCUGAAGGGCAUUCGGGUGGCGCUUACGGUUCUUCUUCUUCUUCUUUCGUCAGCUGUCAGACCGAGUCAUCAAGCGGAUGAAGCUGUCGCCAGAGGUCGUCUCUCCGCAUCUCGCUCCUGCAUCGAAAACAGUGGCCUCUCCAGAUCCCACCUCUUCUGUGGAACACUUGUCACCUCCUCCACCUACAGUUAUCGCAGCACCACCUCCUUCUCUUUCUCCUCCUUCUCAGGGAGCCACAGUUCCAACAGUGGAACCUGCUCCUUCUGUUAAGCUCAUCCCGCCUCCUCCUAUGAAGUUUCACUCCUUUCCUCCAGCCUCUCCAGAGCCUGCAGCUCAAACUCCAUCCACCCCUUCCCCAGGAGUCGAAGCACCUGUAGAGCCUCUUCCUCCACCCCCUGCUGAAGUCCCACCUUCUGCUGAAACCUUAAUCCUGCCCACGUCUGUAGAGUCAUCUCAAAUAUCUCUGGCUCCACCUGAACCUUCAUCUCAAACACCCCCCACUAUUAUUGAGCCUGCUACUGUCACUCCAUCUGUUGAACCUUUAGAAUCUGUUACCCCAUCACCUCCACCAGUAGAAACAGUCCAACUUCCACCCACGGUUGAAUCUACUCCAUGUGGACCAGUGGAGGAAGUGGACCAGCGGUGUCAAGUGGAGGCACCAGUCGUGGCUCCAGCUAUUGAUCCAGAGCCUCCAUGUGAUCAAUCUCCACCUCCUCCAGAGGACGCUCUAGCACCUCCUCCACCAACUUCUCCAGUGCUCUCUUUUGAAGAAACAUCUCCAUCCUGUCACUGUGUGGAGCAAGCUGUUGUCCCAACUCACCCACCUCUAGCUCCACCUCCACCAACCGAGGAGCCCCCCAAGAACCCUUCUGUGCCUCCUUUUGAUGAGAAGGAAGUACGUGUUGUCACAACACCACCUCCACCUCCGACAGUGUCAGAAGACGAGUUGAGGCAGAAGCUCAAAGAGGAGAUGCAGAGAAGUCUGAAGGAGGAGAUCGACCAGAAGAGGCAGGAGCUGCAGAGGCAGUUGGAGGAGAUGAGGGCACAGGUUCGAGCUGAGGCGAGGGCAGCAGCUCGGGCUCGGGUGGAGGAGCAGGUGAAGAAGAUUCUGGAGGCUGAGAGGGCGGCGAGCACGGAGAAGCUCACAGACACAAUCAUGAAAGAGCGAAUGAAGACGGAAGAUGAGAAGCUCAUGGUGCAGCUUUAUUGGAUGGAGCUGAAGGCUCAUCAGCUGGAGGAGAAGGAGAAAGAGCUGAAGAAACGAGAUGCUCUCUACAAGGAACAUCUUGCAAAACUCGAUGCAAAGUGUGCAGAGUUUUACAAAGUGUCUGUCGAGAGCUUCCGGAAGGGCAAAGAAGAGACUCUCAGCCGUUUCACUCGUUUUAACACCCAGCCAGUGUGUGGAGACUUGCAGAGCCAGAUAUUAAAAUGCUACAAGGAGAACACGGGAAAGACUCUGUGCUGCUCGCGCAUCGCCUCUGCCUACAUGCAGUGUGUGGACGAAGCCAAGAAAAAUAAGAUGAGCACAGGCGGUUAAUGUGGACCGCAUCCUGGCGGACUACUCCAGCCUUUCUGUGUACCCAAAGAAGUGCCACACACAUGCAGACGUUAACUCAAAGGACACUUUAGUCUGCUGCUCAUCAUGGGAUCAAAGCAAUUAUAUCAAUGCAACAGCAAAGUUUAUUUUUAAGUGCUUGCUUUUUUCUUUUAAAUGAAGCAAAACACAACAGAUAAGCAGAACGUUUGCAGACUGAGAGCCUGAUUAAUCAUUUUACACACGUGCCUUGAAGUUAUAAAACCUGUUUAUCAGAGUGUGAACGCAUGAAGGAACUACUGAGUGAGCAGAGUGUAACAACGAAGAAAAAUUAAAUCCAUCAGUAAACCUU